AUGGCUGUAAGCUCAACGGUUUUGUCAUAUCCGGCGAUGCUCGUAACACGCCCCACGGUGACGCCGGAGCUGAGAUCAAGACGGUGGAAAGUGGCGCCGGAGCUGAGAUCAAGACAGUGGAAAGUGAAGUGCCAGUUGUCACCCGUAAAACCCUCCAAGUAUUCAUCGAAAAUCUCUACAGAUGUUCAAUUGCACGAGUCUCCUCAGGUAUUGUUCGAUGAGUACUUGGAGAAUAAGUCAAGAGUAUUCGAAGCAAUGUUUCCUGAUAAACCCAAAAGCCAUAGGCUUAACGAGAUAAAAUGGGAGCUUCAAGGGCUUGACCGGGUAAUGGAACCGUCUGAUUUCACUCUCGGAGUCAAAGGAGCAUUGUACCCAGACCGAGGUGGAAGGCACACAAGGCUCAAAGGUCGACUAGAGAUGAACAUAAGCUUCGUGCUUCCUUCCGUUCUAACGCUUGUACCCGAAGAUGUUAGUAGAAACGUGGCCAAUGCGGUUUUGACCGGUUUAGUGGAUAACAUGAAGCAUAAGGUUAUUAACAGCUUGCUCGCUGAUUAUAGCAGAUUCAAGAAUGAAAGAAUAACACAUCACUAG